AUGGAUUCGCUUAGUACCCACAAACAGGCUAAACCAAGAAAGAUGAAAGUUGUCGUGAAGAAGUCUCGUGUUCAAAUACUUCUAAAUUUGUUUUACCGAGUUAUCGAGAUAACUGUGGUUAUGGUUACAGUAGCCAAGCUCUGUUACCAAAUAGUCAUCAUGUUCGAGGACUCUGGUCUCAUGCGUUUCCUCAUCAAUCGUCACCUUGCUUUCAUCUUCGGGAACGCAAUAGUCAUCGCUAUCGUCGCCAAGUGCGGUCUCUUUGUGAAUCAAGAAGAACCGGAAGCACAGAGAAAAAAGAAUGAUUUUUACGACGAGUUUGUUCGGGAGAGCUCAAGAGGAGAAAGGAGUUCACGUUCCGAUGUGAUAUGCAGAGAAAUGCAAAGGGAAGCAGAGAACCAGGCGAAACAGAGCACUGAAGAAAACAGAGCAAAACAGAGCAGCGAAGAUGAGAGACAGAUCAUGUCGGAGAACAGGGCAAAACAGAGCACUGAAGAGAAGAGAGAGAAACUUAAAAAGUCUGAGAACGGUGCGAAACAGAUCAGUGGCGAGGAGAGAGAGAAGAAGGACAUAAGUGUGAAGAGACAGAGACAUAACAUUACUCAAGGCCAGGACAGCACAAGGCAAAGUUACGAAAGGAGUCGAUCGGAGAAUCUCGUGAGCUCGAAGAAGAGUACUUGUGGAGAACUGAAGAGAUCGGAGACGGAGAGAUCUGCUGAUAGCAUUGAUUCUGAUGAUGAACUCCGGUACAAGAUCGAGUCUUUCAUUGCGAGACAGAGGAGGAACCAAAAGGAUGAAGAGUUUAGUAUUAUCUAG